CUGAGAAAAUCUGAAUCCAAGGUUGCUGAUCGUUCUUCUCAAAUGGGUUCUUCUUUGGAAAAGUUGUUCAACAGAUAGAGGACUGUACAUGAGAGUCUGGGAGGUGGCAAUGUUUCAGAUGUGAUGCUGUGGAGGAAGAAGAAUAUGAGUGUUGGUAUAGUGACAGUAACAAUAGGAUCAUGGAUGGUGUUUGAGACAUUUUCUUACACCAUCCUCACUUCAAGUGUUCUUCUCCUCUUGCUCUCUAGUCUCUUCCUCUGGUCCAAAUCUGCAUCUAUCCUCAACAGGCCAUCACCGCCACCAUUUCCGGAGUUUCAUAUAACUGAAGCAAUGGCUAAAGAAGCGUCCAAGUUGUUACGCAUCCAUUUGAAUAAACUGUUUCAAGUCUCGCAUGACAUUGCAAUGGGAAGAGACUCAGAGUUGUUUAUCAAAGUAGCCAUCUCUCUGUUUCUCAUCUCAUUCAUCGGAAGCCUCAUGGAUUUUCAAACACUUUGCCAUACCGGGGUUUAGUGGUUAUUGACAGUUCCUACUUUCUAUGAGAGAUACGAGGUUUACAUAGAUAUAUCACUAUUGCUCAUCUACAACAGAGCUAAAGAGCUUUACCUUAGGUUCCAGAUAUGGGCUCAUCCGGAAAAUGAGAAACUAAGCUGAAACUCUCAUGUAAAUAUUGAUAUAUGUUUGAAUGGUACAGCCAAAAUAUGAGCUACCCACAGAAAUUUUAUUUCAAA